GAUGUUGCACAAUAAAGCUGAGUUCCGGGUUUAACAAGUUCUCAAUGGUCUACAAACUUCGAUCGGUCGAGUACUUUUUUCAGUCUAAUUAAGAAAUUUCGGCCGCAUCCCAUUGUUUGAUUCUACUAUUUCUAUGUUAUAAUUUGGGUUUUUUUCCCCUUCUAUAGCAGGAUCAGUGGAUGGGAAUAAGAAGGAACAAUUUUGGCUCAACAGAAUCUUUGUUUGUCAUCCUUAGUGUGUCACGCAGGUUCCUUGCACUUUCCCUUAUCCCGUGGGAAUCACAGCUUCACUGUAUCUUUGGCAAAAUCAUCUCUUGAUAAAAUUAGAGUGGUCUUGAUCUGCAGGUCACAAUAAUUAGAAUCCAAGUUUUAUACUUGGCUUUGGCUAUUGAAUGAUUUGAUCGGUUUCUCUGGAGUAUCUGUCUCUCAAAACUCAAAAGAGUCAUGUCAGGCCCAAACGACGAUAACAUGUCUCCUCAUACUCAGCUUUCAUCACAUUUUUUUGGGGAUCUCCUCGAUUCCAUUAUUGUUGAUGUUGCCUCUGAGUGUCACCGGAUAGCAAAGUUGGGACUCGAUCGCAACCUGGAGGAAGAGGAAGAAGAAUUGAGAUUAUCAACACAAGCCCGUGUUAGGGCAGCUGAUCCUAGUAAUAGUGGUGAAGCAAAUAGCAAGUAUGUGGUUGACAUUUUUGGACAAACUCAUCCACCUGUUGCAAAUGAAAUAUUUGAGUGCAUGAAUUGUGGGCGAUCAAUCAUGGCUGGAAGGUUUGCUCCUCAUUUGGAAAAGUGCAUGGGAAAGGGUAGGAAGGCUCGACUCAAGGCAACCAGAAGUAGCACAGCAGCACAGAACCGGUAUUCACGAGGCAGCCCUGUUUCCACAUACUCUCCUUACUCAAAUUCAUCCAGCACGAACAGGUUAUCAAAUGGAACACCUGGUGUUGCAGGUGAAGAGUAUUCAAAUGGCACAUUGGAGGAGCCAUGAAGCACUGUUUAUGUUAGGUUGGCUAACAAGUCAUAGAAAAGCAACACACCUGGGGAUUCUUUUUCUUUUUAUAAAUCAUGAGCUUAAUUAUGGAUUUUUAAAGCAUAAUCUAUCAGUAAAUAUGGUUAGUGAAUGGGAUGCUUGUUAUCACUUUAACUCAAAAUAUAUAUGGAUGACCAAUCCUUCGACGCUAGAA